AUAGUGUGGGUGUGAGAAGGAGAAUUAAAACCGAAAACGGGCACUGCUAGACGCAAACAAUUAGUGGGAGCAACCAUUUUACUUUUACUUGAAAACUACAGCAUUUCGGAUCCUUUUCAAUGGGAUGCAGGGUUCGGUUUAGUCGUUUGACUUAUAGCAGCGCUUAACAGAGUCGAGAUUUGAUUUCUUUACGUUCACUCACGAUGUCCGAUCAGCCGGUAGCAUUACCUGUGUGCAGGCGCCUGACGUACGCCGUGGGACACUUCUUCAACGACCUCUGCGCCUCUAUGUGGUUCACCUACUUACUGGUGUAUUAUCACUCGGUUCUCGGGUUCAGGGACACGAACGCAGGUGCGCUGCUGCUGCUCGGUCAGAUAGCGGACGGGAUCUGCACUCCGCUCAUCGGUUACGAAUCGGAUCGGACGGCAGGAUGCGGAAAGUACGGGAAAAGAAAGAGCUGGCAUUUAGUGGGAACAAUAAGCGUGUUUGCCUCCUUCCCGUUCAUAUUCAAUCCCUGCAUUGGAUGUGAUGAGAAAACCCCACAGACCACCGGACUGAUUUACGCCAUCCCAUUCAUCAUUAUCUUCCAGUUCGGCUGGGCUGCUACCCAGAUAUCCCACCUGUCGCUCAUUCCUGAACUGGUCACAUGUGAGCACGCCAAAGUGGAGCUAACAUCAUACCGGUAUGCCUUCACAGUGGUGGCAAACAUUGCGGUAUAUGCUGUGGCGUGGCUCUUGUUCCACUUCCAAUCCCAACAUACAGAAGACCCAUCGAUUUCCCAGAGUCUGGGCUGGGUUGAUGUUCCCACAUUCAGAUAUCUGGCACUCAUAAUAUGGGCCAUUGGUAGUGUUACCUCUGUCAUCUUUCACCUGGGCACUAAGGAGGAAGGAGUCCAGCCUCAGGAGAGUGAAGAGACUGGGAAAUCCCAGACUUCCAUCCCCGGCUCUUCCCAGUUCUCCGGACCCCUGCUCCUGUGGAAACACUGGCUCGUUGAGACUGCCUUCUAUCAGGUUGCUUUACUAUAUAUGUGCACGAGACUGAUUGUGAAUUUGUCCCAAACAUACAUCCCAAUGUAUCUGACCAACUCCUUAUCACUUCCAAAGAAUUACAUUGCAACUAUUCCGCUGGUCAUGUACGUCAGUGGGCUUGUGUCUUCUCUGGUUAUGAAGCCUGUUAACAAAUGGAUUGGGACCUCUAUGGCCUAUUUUAUAGGUCUUGUGCCCGUAAUGGUGUUUUCCUUUUGGGUUUUGGUGGACACAGACAUGGGCACACGGGUUUAUGGAGCCGCCGUGCUGUUGGGAGCUGGAUCUGCCGUCAUUCUGGUCAUGUCGCUGUCCAUGACUGCCAAACUCAUCGGCGACCAAAGUCAAAGUGGUGCGUUCGUGUAUGGUGCAAUGAGCUUCACAGAUAAGGUGGCAAACGGAGUUGGAGUGAUGAUAAUACAAGCUUUACAUCCCUGUCACACACUGGACUCUGACUGCAAAUGGUUUUACCGCACUGUCAUGGUGAUCGUCACCGGCGGUGUGGCUGGCGUCGCAGCUCUGUGUCUCUCUUCCCUUCUCAUCUGGCCCAUCGCUAUUCGCCGACGUCUCGCGGUCAUCACGGGGCUGAUGGGUACACAUGACGAUGAGACGAACGGCCGUGAGAUCAAUGGUAUACUGAACUGACAGGUGUGUUAAAAACUUAAAACUUGGAAAAAAACACUCAACAUUCCGUGAAAGACUGGGCCGCGCUGCAGAGGAAACACUAUGAUUCCAUUUGUAUCUAACCAAGAACAAGGAAGAGAAGAAAAUCUGCUGCGCUGUGGUCACGAGUUCUUGCCUCAGCACUUCGGGGAUGCGAGUUUCAGCAUAGUUCUUUACGCUGUCAACGGGCUCUUUGUGUGACGUUUGAAAAUAUGAUCUCAGGUCUGUCACAUGGAGUGACAGCUCGAACAAUAAUACGGCACAUUCAAGACGAGGAAGUAACUCUGCUGAAGAUUUCCCAUACUUUUCUGAGGAUUCCAACUUGAAAUGAAAAACGCAUCUAGUCUGUGUGAUAACUUUUUAAUUGCAAUACAGAAACGGACCGUUCUCGAAAGUUUUGCAGACGUUUUUUUAUGCAGAGAGUCUUGCCGGGAAGUUGGAAUAGCACAAAUAUGUUUGCAGUAAAGCUCGUUCAGGCGGUUAUGCCUGUACUGUUUUGAAGCGGUACACGUGAUACCUGUAUGAGAGAUGUCGCAACUUGGCACUGACAACGGAAAACCGGCUAGUUGUCGUGUUAAUACUGAUUUGAGAUUCCCUGGAACUUGUUAAAGUUUGUGGCAGUUACGGUUUUUAUCCACUAGAGGGAAACAUGUAAAGGAGCUUCGUGGCACUGCAGUGAAUUUUGGAAAUUCACAAAGUAGAAAAAGAACUUCAUUUUCCCGUUGUCAUCCACGAUGCCCAUUAAUUAUUAUGAUUAUUAUUCAUUUGAUUUUAAUCAAAGAAAGGAAGACUGAGAUUUAUUACUGUUGUAAAUUACAGUUGUACUGUAAAAUUCACAGAGCUCCCUCGGGUCUAUGCGUGAUUUGAUUUGUGUCAUUAAAUGUAAGUACACUUUAUACUAAAAAAAUCUACUUGAAAUGCCCCAGAGAUUUUAAGUUAAUAAUUUAACAGCACAUUAACAUCAAUACUUAUUACUGAUUAUUAUUUUAGCUCUGUAAAAAGAAAGAGUGACAUUUAGUACUGUUGUAAAUUACAGUUAAGCUGUCAAAUAAAAAAAAAGAUUGCAUUCUUUAAAACUACAAGUAAUAGUUAAAAUACUAAUAUUCAUGUUUAAUUAUUUAAUUAUUUUUUUGGGGCAGAAUACUAAUGAAACACAGUUUAUGUAUAUGUGUUCCGUGGUUUGACAGAAUAUAAAUAAAUAAAAUAAUCUCCAACA